UCAGUUAACCGCCGACACUGAGACGGGUCGCCGCCGGCCGUUUAACGUUCCUCGUUUAAAAUAAUAUGUGAGUGCGCGUUCUUUAUUUGAAAUCAUCACGCCAAAAACUUUUUUAAUAAGUAACUCACUAAUAAAUGAUAGAAAAUAUCAAUUUUAACUGAGUGUUAUACGACUUUUCAGAAGUUUUGUGAUUCUUUGAGUGCAAUGUAUAAACAAAUUGAUAAUCAAGUUUUGGUUUGAGCUUUAAGCCACAUCCGGCCGCUGUCGGUGGCGGGCGUGAUGGAGCACGCGCUGCAGCACCGCGAGCGCGUCGGCGUGCAGGACUUCGUGCUGCUGGAGGACUACCGCUCCGAGCACGCCUUCAUCGACAACCUGCGCAAGCGUUUCCACGAGAACAUCAUCUAUACAUACAUCGGCAACGUGCUGAUCUCGGUGAACCCGUACAAGAAUCUGCCCAUCUACACGGAGGAGAAGACCAGGCUGUACUUCAAGAAAGCCUUCUUUGAGGCCCCACCACAUGUGUUCGCGAUAGCUGACAACGCUUAUCGUUCAUUGGUGUAUGAACACAGAGAGCAGUGCAUUUUGAUUUCCGGUGAAUCCGGUUCAGGAAAGACUGAAGCGUCCAAAAAGGUUCUAGAGUUCAUCGCGGCGCGCACCAACCACCUCCAGAAUGUGGAAACCGUCAAGGAUAAGCUGCUACAGACGAAUCCCCUGCUCGAGGCCUUCGGCAACGCCAAGACUCACAGGAACGACAACUCCAGCCGCUUCGGCAAGUACAUGGACGUCCAGUUCAACUACGAGGGCGCCCCGGAGGGUGGACACAUCCUGAACUAUCUCCUGGAGAAGUCCAGGGUCGUCAGCCAGAUGUCCGGCGAGAGGAACUUCCACAUCUUUUACCAGCUGCUCGCGGGAGGCAGCGAGGAGCUGAUGAAGAAACUCCGAUUACAGGGAAGACCGGAAGUCUACAAAUAUACGCUAGAUUCUUCACCGUCAGUGGGUCAGAAGAUGAACGACGCUGAACAGUUCCGGACGGUGCAGGAAGCGAUGAAGGUGAUCGAGAUCGGCGAGCCCGAGCAGGAAGCGAUCUUCGAGAUCAUCGCCUCGGUCCUACAUCUCGGCAACGUGAAGUUCGUCCAGAAUGAUAAGGGCAACGCCGAGAUCCUCAACCAUGACGCGAACAGCGUCAAUGUUGCUGAGCUACUCAAAGUGAACAUCACGAAGCUUCGAGAAGCCCUAACCAGCAGAACCAUUGACGCUCGCGGCGACGUCGUCACCACGCCACUCGACCUGGAGCAGGCCAAGUACGCCAGAGACGCGCUGGCCAAGGCCAUCUACGACAAGCACUUCAGCUGGCUAGUCUCCAGGCUCAACUCCUCGCUCACUCCAAAGGAGAAGGACCCCAGAGCGUCCGUGAUGGGAAUCCUGGAUAUCUACGGCUUUGAAAUCUUCCCCAAGAAUAGCUUCGAGCAGUUCUGCAUCAACUACUGCAACGAGAAGCUGCAGCAGCUGUUCAUCCAACUGACGCUGAAGUCGGAGCAGGAGGAGUACCUGCGCGAGGGCAUCGAGUGGGAGCUCGUCGACUACUUCAACAACAUCGUCAUCUGCGACCUCAUCGAGCAGAAGCACAAAGGCAUUAUCUCCAUCCUGGACGAUGAGUGUCUGCGUCCAGGAGACGCGACGGAUGGCAGCUUCCUCGAGCGGCUGACGCAGCAGCUGGACGGCCACAGGCACAUCAAGUCUCACAGGAAGGUCGACACCAGGACACAGAAGAUCAUGGGGAGAGAUGAGUUCUGCCUGGUCCACUACGCCGGCGAGGUGACGUACAACGUGAACACUUUCCUGGAGAAGAACAACGACCUACUGUUCCGCGACCUGCAGAUGCUCAUGGCCUCCAGCGGGAACAAAAUUGUCGGACAAUGCUUCAAGGACAUGAAGCCGAACAGCAAGAAGCGUCCGGACACCGCCAUCACGCAGUUUAAGGUGUCCCUCAACGAGCUGAUCAAGAUCCUCAGCAGCAAGGAGCCCUCCUACAUCCGCUGCAUCAAACCCAACGACGCCAAGGCGCCCAUGCAUUUCGACGACAAGCUAGUGGGACACCAGGUGAAAUACCUGGGGCUGAUGGAGAACCUGCGCGUGCGCCGCGCCGGUUUCGCCUACCGCAGGACCUACGAGGCCUUCCUUGAGAGGUACAAGUGCCUGAGCCCGGCGACGUGGCCGAACUACCGCGGUCCGGCGCGCGAGGGCGUGCAGAAGCUGGUCGAGACCAUCCAGUACGAGAGGGAGGAGUACAGGAUGGGCAACACCAAAAUCUUCAUCCGCUUCCCGAAGACGCUCUUCGACACGGAGGACGCUUACCAGAUCAAGAAGAACGACAUCGCCACCAUCAUCCAGUCCCGCUGGCGCGGCUACUACCAGCGCAAGCGGUACCUGCAGAUGAAGCAGGCGGCCGUGGUCAUCCAGAAGUGGGUGAGAAGGUUCCUGGCGCAGCGCCUCAGGGAGAGGAGGAGGAAGGCUGCUGACGUCAUCAGGGCUUUCAUUAAAGGUUUCAUCACUCGCAACGGUCCGGAGACGCCGGAGAACCGGCGAUUCCUGGGCAUCGCGAAGGUGCACUGGCUUAAGCGGCUCGCCACGCGGCUGCCCACGUCGCUGCUCGACCCCUCGUGGCCGACCUGCCCCGCCACCUGCACUGAGGCCUCUCAGGAGCUGCGUCGCCUGCACCGCGCGCACCUGUCCCGCAAGUACCGGCUGGCGCUCUCGCCGGCCGACAAGAAGCAGUUCGAGCUCAAGAUACUCGCCGAGAAGAUGUUCAAGGGCAAGAAGAACAGCUACCCGGGCAGCGUCCGCGAGCGGUUCGUGGACGACCGACUGUCGGAGGAGCUGCGCGUGCUGCGGAACACCUUCAUGGCCUCGCCCACCUGGCCCACGGGGGAGAAGCUCAUCUACUCGUGCGAAGCGGUGAAAUACGACCGUCGCGGGUACAAGCCGCGGGCGCGGGCGCUGCUAGCGUCGGACAAGGCGCUGUACGUGCUGGACCCGUCCAAGCGGACGUUCAAGCUGAAGCACCGCCUGCCGCUCGACCGCCUGCGCGUGGUGCUCACCACGGAGACCGACAGCCUCAUACUGAUCAAGAUCCCGCAAGAUCUCAAGAAGGAUAAGGGCGACCUGAUCGUGUCGGUGUCUCACCUGAUCGAGGCUCUCACAAUCGUCACCGACCACACCGGCAAACCCGACAUCGUCGAAAUUGUCGACACCAACACGAUCGCCCACAACCUGGUGAACGGCAAGCAGGGCGGCACCAUCGAGGUGACGACGGGCGCCGCGCCCACCAUACACCGCGCCAAGAGCGGCAACCUGCUCGUGGUUGCUUCACCCUAGACCAGUAUUCGAGAUCGACCCGAGCGCCCUCUACCUUCUUAUUAUAGUCAUUAGUUUUAAAAGUUUAUAAAGCUAAAUACGUACUAACCACUAACGACAUACGUAUAGUCCUAGAAGACGAACAAACUUUUAAUUUGAAAUUCGAAACGAAAAUUAAAUUAUUAAUACAUUUUAUAUUUUUCACAUUUUGUCAAUAAUCAUGUAAAAAUGUAUUUAAUUUUAUUGUAAGGCAUCUUUUAUUAGUUAAUUUUACAUUAUAAAUGUACUACAGGUAUCGUACAAAGUACUUAGCAUUUUCGCCAUAUUAUUUUGACUGCCAACUUACUUUUAGUAAGCUUAACAAUCGUAAUUAUAAAAAUUUAAUCAGCAUAAAAAAAUAAAGUUACAAACUAGAAUCUUAUGCGAGUAAGCCCUUAUCAAUAACGUACUUUAAAGGAAGACAAUUUACCAAAUGAGAUUUAUUUUGUAUUUUGAUGACGUGUCUUUCUAUACAUGUGAUGACUACAGGGUCUACAGGCUAACGCGUGCCUUAUACAGUAAGACAGUUCCUUUAUAGUCAUUUUAAUAAAUGUUUUGAUAAUACAGAA